UCACCAAACUACUAGUGAAGCAUGAAUAGAUAAGGGGAACAGAUUAGUAUAGGAUGCUUUUGGUUUCUGAUAAAUGUGAACUCCAACAGUACUUUCAUUGGUUAAAUGUCUCAUCUGCUUUAAUUCUGACUUCACACUCAACAUCCUCCACUCUCUCUCCCUCUUUCUUAUAUCAUAUAGGACUACUACAUAUGAUCUUAUCUCUAUCCCUUUCCAUUUUCUUUUCUCACUAAAUUUGGUAAAGACUUAUAAAACUUGCUCUGUCUUGUCUUCUGAUAAUCAUAUUCUCAUCAAGAUUCACUCAAGCAUACAAGCCUGAAUUAACCAGGAACUUCUACCCACACAGUGCAGGCACAGUAUUCUGGGUAACCACUACAAUCAUUUUGAUCGAUUAUCCUCGUGGUCUUUUUAGCGUGGAACAGACUCAAAGCAUCCAAUAUCGCUUCUCUUGCCAUGAUGCAGCCACCAAAUAAGACUUUUGAAUCUGAAGACGAAUCUGAAGUCAGCAGCCAUGUAGCUUCAAACGUAUCCAUCCAAGAUAAAUCCCCUGGGUCCAAUCACAGCACCACAACUUCCUCCAGCCUCACAAAUUCCAUACAGCUUCAAACUGGUCCAAGAAUCAAUACUCUUGACCUAACUCUUGGUUUCACUUCUUCUAAUGUGGAUGAAACAAAGGAUACACAUAUGCAUGAUCAUAACACUGAGGAAAAUCCUCCCCAUUUGCCACCAGGAACAAUGCCUAGAGUUUUCUCUUGCAACUAUUGCAGGCGGAAGUUUUACAGUUCGCAGGCCCUAGGGGGACAUCAAAAUGCACACAAAAGAGAGAGGACAAUAGCAAAGAGGGCAAUGCGGAUGGGAAUGUUAUCGGAUAGGUAUGCAAGCUUGGCAUCUCUUCCACUGCAUGGUUCUGCGUUUAGGUCUUUAGGAAUCGAAGCACAUGCCUCCAUGCAUCAUGGAGUUGGACCACAGGUGAGGCCUCCUUUUCAUGUGGCCAGGGGUGGAGCAAAAUUUGACCAAGGAUUCUGUGGAUUGCCAAUGUUUGUAGAGGAAGAUGAAGCUGAAAUGUUUUGGCCAGGUAGCUUUCGACAAAUUGAACAGAGAAGCAUCGCUAAUGUGUCAUCUGGUUUUGACUUGGGACAAACUUCGAACUUUGUGUCCAUGGCUCCACAGCGCCCACCGCCUCAACCAGAAUCCUCUCAACCUGAUCUCACUUUGAAACUUUAAACCGUCAUCGACACCUUCUUGAGGUGUUUUUUUCUUUUCAUUAGCUACACUCAAUAUGAAUAUCUCCUGACCCUAUGUUCUCUGUGUACAGUGACUCCUAGACAAAGUUUGGAGAUGAGUGUGAACUUUAGAAUUUUACUUUUGAUCUGAUUUUGGUUAUAAUUUGUACUAUUUCAGUGUUGUAAAAGAUGUGGGAAUGCUUUAUAUCAUGAAAUGUUUUUACUGAUUUCA